AUGGAUGGCUGUCCACAUGCUCUAAAGCUUGACCUGUUCCACCACUGCAGAGUGUCUGCUCCAGCCGCUGAGCUAGUGGUCGGCCGAAUGGCUGACUCUCUGGGAAGCGGAGCGACUCGCUCCUCGGCGCGCAUCCGCAACAAUGUGCGCCGUGAUUUAAAGAAGAGGUUGUUAGCAUCCCCAGCUAGUGGUCGGCCUCGAACACGCGCUCAAAAGGCUGUCCUGGCGGGCGAUUCAAGGCGCAGACGUGCGAAUUUAUAUGACCACUUUCUUAUCAGUAAAGCGGAUUCUAGAAGAAGCAAACGCACGACAGACGCGAAUGACUCGCCUGGAGACACUACUGAUUCCCUUGAGGACGAUGACUAUUCCGUCGUUUCGGAUGCACAGGGCGACAAUCCGGCCUCGAAACGCCGAGCUCAUCAACAACCCCGUCGAUCUCGGCGAACGGCCAAGAAGCCCACGCUCGCUAAAGGCCGCCGACAUGCCGUAACUAAUACUGCAGCCAGAAAACCAGAAGAAGCUCCUCCAAAGCAGGUUGUUAUUCCCAACUGGAUCGUACCCGCAAUGCAGCCCUAUUGGGGAGCCGUCCUUGCCCACGCCGCCACCGAAGCGGGUUAUCUAAACCGAAGCUGGCUGCUUGAGGCGUCGACAGUCUGCAAAGCCUUUGCGGAGCCGGCUCUUGAUGUUUUGUACUCCAGCCCAGCCAUAACGACUGAGGCGAAAUUGCAAAAAUUGGUGGCCACACUGAGCCGUCCUAGCACCAUGUUCAGCUACCCCAGCAAGAUUCACAGCCUUCAUCUCGGCCCAAGGUUUAUCCCAACCAACUCUAUGAUCGAGACCCUCUUAAUAUACCUUCCACGGCUGCGCCAUUUUUCUAUCGACCACGAGCUGGAUCAGGCUCCAUUCCGAGACCUCACUACGCUGCCUCGGCGAAGCUACCCGGAUAUCUGGAAACUCCUAGAGGAGCGAGUCGAUACACGGCCCGGGAUGAUUCAGCAGCCAAGUCGGCUCCUCUCGUGGAGGUGGUCCUGGAGGCUUCUAGGCAGCCUCACAAUGGACACACUCAUACAGCUGCAUACGAUUGGUCCCCUGCGCGAAUUGAAAAGCCUGCACCUCGUCAACUUCCCGUCCCUCGGAUAUACCCCACCAAUUGAAGACGUACAAAUGAGUGAGGUUGGGGGCAGCGUGAGUUUCCGGCCGAGAUCUGCCCAGGACUGCGCCAAGGUGAUAACCCCUUUGAAAUUUCUUGAGCACGUUGCACUAGAGGCGUGCUUUGCCGUCGAUGGCGAAUUUCUGAGCCACCUACCGCGCGACCUCAAGCAUUUGGAGAUAAUUCAGUGUUGGAACCUCCAAGCGGCACAUCUCUCCGAGUUUCUAUUAACCCAUGGCAAAAACCUUCGAAGCCUGACUCUAAGGAAUAAUCAGUCGUUGGACCUUAGUUUCUUGACCGUCCUUCAAGACGCUUGCCCUAAUCUUGAAGAGCUUGAAGUCAACAUGAGCUAUUUCAAAGAUCCGGAGACAAAUAACUCGGAGCCACUUUUUGACUUUGCGCUGUCCGAGGAUCAGGUGCCUAGCUGGCCUUCCUCGAUCCGGCACAUCGAGCUACUGCAUAUACGGCCCUGGAGCUACGAUGCGGCCGUCAUGUUUUUGCAGUCUCUAAUCCGGGAGUCCAAAACCUACCAAAUCUCCGAUAUUUGGUGA